AUGAGGUACACGUUCAAACCGGACGACUGCAUGGUCAUCACCAUCCCUCUCACUAGUGUCAGGAACGCAGCAGAGGGACAGCUCAUGCCUGACAAAUUCAGCUGCAGGUUCAAGGACAACUAUAAAGUGUAUCAGCGCGGCUGGCCCAAAGCACUCGGGGUAGCUCAGAUCACCACUACAGUCUUUAUCCUGUGUUUGGGAGGAAUCAAAAUCAGCUUCUAUCCUUAUUCAUCUUUUCUUUAUAUUGUCAUGAUUCUCAGCAUCCUGCAUAAAAACAGCUUAUUAUUUAAUUUAAAUCACUCGGCCAGACGCGAGCUUCAAGGUGAUGAAGGUCCACUGAUUAAACAUUACAGAGUCUCUGAGCUCGUUCCUGAUCCACAAAUUCCUCUGCACCGGUUAAUGAAGAGAGAACCAGCGGUUUGGGCCGCCAUGCAGAUAAGCAGUGGGAUAUUGAGCAUUGGACUCGGAGUCGUGUUUGCUGCAUCCUUCCCAAUUGAUGGUUUGCUCCUCACCUUGUUCAGAGUCACGAUCGUCACCGGCAUUCUGUUCUGUUUUCACUCCAACAUAUUUUGUCUGGUCAUUUCUACGAUCGGAACAGUGCUGCUGUGUGUGGAUAUAAACAAAUCUGGCCUACAUCAUUUUGUCUUUUCGGUGGAAUUCCUGGUGCUGUUUGUGACUCUUUUCGACAUGCUGAUCUCGCAGAGAAACGCCGGCUAAAAAGCUUCAAAGUGUCGUUUGCAUGCGAGUCGGCUCACUGAGUCGACUCGUUUAGCUGAAUUUCUAGCUGAGAUCC